ACGGCCCACUUUAUCCCAGGGCGCCCCACUGUAGCGACCACCAACCACCCAGGUCCCAGUUCCAUCAGGGCCCGACCUCUUCAAUCCAUCGGCGAAAAUCCCCCCAAUCUCCUCCUCCCCAGCAAUCCAAUUGUCGUUAACGUCACAAAUUUUUUUUGUGCAUCUCCAUCCCGGUCUAUAGUUCAUUUUAUCUGCUACGGAUUGAUUUGAUUACUUGCGCCGCUUCCGGUUUAUUUUGAUUUUCUCGGUGUUCCCAUCUCUGGCUCCGUCGGUUACUCUCUUAUAUCCUUCCAGAUUUUGUGCGCUGGCACGGGGUGUUUUGUCGCACGACUUGACGCAACAACUGGGCGUUCGAUUGCAGAAGCCAGACUGCGACCACUUGGCCGGACAGAAAGCAACCAACUCAAUUCGACCCGACGACCAGUUCACCGUCCAUUUUCUCCGCCACUCCAACCCAAUCUACAUCCUAUUUUGCCACGCGGACAAAUAUCCAUCGCAUCCGCCACAACAAUCGAUCGCGCUGAAGGCAAAGUCAAGAAAGCUUUGCAUCACGACUCGUCUGCUCGCACGAUCCGCGAGCCCUUGAUCGAAUUAGGCCUGGUUGGCAAAUUUGCGACGAAGCCGACCCCAACCCCCCUCCCCGACUCACGCCAAUCACACCAAGCUCGCAAGCGAUGCUGUCUGGCCAUCGAGGUCAUUGCUGUCGACUAUGAAUCUUCACAAUUGACCUUCGAUUUCCGCGUCGCUGUAAAUAACCCGAAUCGACGCUUCGCGCUUCCAUCCACAUCCCAUCGCCCUGGUUGGUCCUUUCAGCUCGCGACCUCCCCAAUGGACACACCCAGACUACAGCCGCGCCUCCCGGCGCCCGGCGCCGAACUCGAGAACUGGGACGACGAUGAUUUCCUCAUCGAUGAUGACCUGACCUUCCGGAGCGGAGGCUCAACUGCAGCCAGCUAUGUCGACCGGCGCGGCUCACACUCCUCCUUCCGCUCCGAGCGCGAAUCUCUACAAGGCGAGGAAAAAUGCCUACAAAUACCCGACGACGACGAAAAGUCAACAAUGGAUGCCAUCGCGGCCGCUGCCAACGCCGGAAUCCCGCUUCCUCGGAAUAUCACACCUUCAGCUCUCAUGGGCGGUACCAUCAAGAGGCUAGGCGGGCGCAAGAUCAAGAAGAUCAUCCAGGAGGACUGGGAUGACGACCUGGAGCUCCCAGAGCUGGGCCAGGCCCUCCGUAUCAAGCCUCAGGACGGUUCGCGCUUUCCCGACGUCCUGCGACAAGUCAGCAGCACGCAGACGAGUCCCGUAAAGAUGACGAGGCCGGCCACCGCCGCCGCCGCCCCUCAUCCCGACCAAAGACCCCGAGUAUGCAACGUCCUUUCGAGCAGCGUCAAUCUCGACAAGUAUAGGGACAAUGACGAUGAGGACGACGACUUUUUCGGUGACGGCGGUGCAACCAUCAAGGUCCCCAAGACGCGGGCGCCCAAGCCGGUUUCCCUAAUCACGCCUCCAACACCACGUAAGAACGAGGGCGAAGAUGACAUCGAGCUCGACUUGGAAUUUCCUUCGGACGGCAAGCUCAAACUAUCCACGCGUAGGGACAUCCCCAAGACCCCAUCCCUCAACACGCUUGAGGAUUUUGACUGGGGCGAGGGGAGCCUCGGAACUAGAUUUGGAGGCACUCGUCGAGAUGGGCGUUCAAAUCGCAGCUCCUCGGUCUCCGCACUAAGUCCGAGCAUAGCUAGUUCUCGGACUGCUGAGAGCGAGGACGAGGCCAUGGAUGGACUGGUCCUCCCCGAAGGUCUAGACUUCACGGAAAGGCUGAAGAAGCGGCGUCAAAGUCCCUCGCCCGAGCGACCAGUUGAGCUGCCACAGGUGCCGCCAACAGCCACUGCGUCGCUUCCCACCCCUCCUCCCCGCGCUGAUGCGGACCGUGAAGACUUCCUGAGUGGCCUUGAGAUUGGAAACGGCGAGGUCUACGACAGCGGAAAGCUCACCCUCCACCGUAACAUUAAGGUCAAAGAUGCGAGGUCGGCAAGCCCCACUCGGCCAAAGACCGCCGUCUCCAUCACCUUCACCAACAAGCCCGUGACGACAAGUACCUCCCGCCUGCCGCGCCCAAUGAUGGGACACGAAAGGACUCACACAUCGACCUCUUUGGAACCCGUAUAUGAAAGCGGCGGACCGAUACUGUCGCGCUCCCAGAGGUCACAGUCGAGGAUCGGCCAUUCUGCCCAGUCGUCUAUUGCGAGUCUUCCCACGCCCACCACGCCCUCUCCCGGCAUGUCGCUACCCCCGGUGACCCCUCGCAGAAAAGAGGUCGGCCAGAAGACAUCCGUCAUGUCCCUCCGUGACGGGCCCACGACGACUAAUGCGCAACUCUUGCGACUGAAGCGCUCACUACCAGUGAUGAGGGCUGCGCAGUCUCCAGCCCGGCCUCUGCCUUCACGUGGUUAUGAACGGCCUCCUUCACGGACGGACGGCCAUGGCCGCCCUAGCUCUUCGCACAUGCGACCCAAGACGCCCGUUGAGCGAACCCGAGCUGGACAGGAGAGCGCUGCCGCACAGGCGCGGAGGAACCCAGUCCCGUUCCUUGCUGGCGGCUCGAUCCAGUCACAGUCUCACCACAUUACCAGCAAGGGCUCCCGGACGUUGCGUCGGCAGGACUCGGACGCCACCGUGGACUUUAGGCCCUCGUCUCGCACAGUCUCAAGAUCCACGGUGAGAUCCCCCAGUCCGUCAAAGAGGUAUCGUGCCGUUGAGAGACUAGCCCAGGAGAAAGGCUACCAACAAUUGCAUAAGCCCAAGCGGCAACGAAACUUUGGCGAUGGUCAUGAGCUGGACGGUUUUGACGACCUGGCGACCUCGGCUCAGACGGAAGCACGGUACAUGAGGCAACCAACCAACGGAGCCAAGGCUCAGUUGAGGAGCAAGAUGUACCAGAGCAUCUUGCCCGACCGGACAACUACACCUUCUCCAUCACUAUCCUCCCCAUACUCACCAGCAAGAGCCGACUUCACGCCACGGUUUGCCAGAGACACGGCCGCAAGUAGAAUCGCGCGGGAAACGGCUCUGGCUCAACGGGCGCCCUCGAACGGCCCUCUGGCGCCGUUGACGACGCAGCGAGUUGCUCAGCUGUCGACACGGUCCAACUUCAAUACAGUACACGGCUCGGGAAUCACACGAUCUCCCAAGAAAGCGACCAAGCGACCUCCACAGCUGAAGCCUUACCUGAUCUCGAACUUGAACCCCUCAAAGGACUCCAAAGUUGUCAAUGGUAUGGUCUACAACCCGGAUACAUAUCGCUGGGAGGGCAACGAGAACGCUCUGGGCGCAUUCGAUGCCCCUGCGUCAUCUCCGUCCACCGCCUCCGUUCCAGCAUACCUCAGGGAUAAGGAGAACGCAACGCCACGACCAGCUCUGAUAACGCCUAUCGGGGCGACCAAGGGUGUGCAAGUUGUAGGUGGCAUGGUUUUCGAUCCCCAGAACAUGUGCUGGUUGAAAAUAGGGCCGCCUAUCAGUGGCAAGCACGACUCUAGCCACGAUGCCAUGGAUGGGUUCAAUGCGCUAGAUGACGAGGACGACGUGUUCAAAGACAUUCCCGACCUGGAGGACGCGGCGGCAAAGUCGGCCGAGGGAGGGCACGGCGGCCGCGUGAGCGAUAUCAAGGACGACUGGAUGGUCGGGGAAGAGUUCGAUGUUGGGCCAGAAUUCGUCCGCCGACAACGCGAGGAGGAGGCCAAAUGGCGCAAGAAAUGCGAACAGUGGCUGAGCCCUCGGCCUCGUGACCGCGACGCCUGGCGCUGGACCAUUCGAGAUAUCGUCCUUGGUGCCCAGCAAUAAGCACUAACCCCGACCAACUGCGACGCCUCGAUUGCUUGCCGACGAUGGCGCGUCCUUCACCCUUCCACCCACCGACGAGACACUCUAACACCAAAUACAACACCCCAGUGGCAUAUCAACGCCGCUAGUCUAUGUAUGGGGAAUCUUUUACCCAUGCCAGAUCAAUAAUCUUGGCAAGAAUUUCUUUCUCCAUUGACCACUUCAUCAUUUUCUUUUUUUUCUCCCUUCUCGCCACGUAUCUAUCUUCUGGCGUCUACUUUAAUCAGUCCUCACUUCGAUGGCCUUACUGGCUUACACUCUCUCUUCUCGAUUCCCCUUUGUUUCUUUUUUCUCAUCUUUUUUACCUUGCAACUGUACCAACAUUUUCGGCAUGGAGUCGCGGAUUCAUGCAUUGUUCAUCAGGAAAGCAUAUUGGGCAUAAAGGCGUGUGAGAGUGGGCAGCCACAGUACCCGGGUUUUGCGAGAUGUUUCUUGGUAGACUGACGGUUAUGCUACCUGCUGCUGCCACCGAAGCCCCAAGUCGUUUCUUUCUUUUCUUUUUUUCUCCUCAACGCCUUGCACUGAUGGACUUCGUCGGGACGUGCAGCAACACGGUCACUAUCUUCCCAAGCUUUCCCUUUGUUUUUGCUUUUGCAUAUUCUGCCGUUGGCUUGCAGCCGGGCACUGGAUGACUACGAGACGCAUUUAUGACUUCUACAUUUGGCUCCAUUGGUUUUUUGCCUUGCCUUUUGUCUUGUUUCUUUCCCCCCAGGGCGUUGUUAAAAAGGAAAAGGGCUGGGAACGCCCAAGAAGGAGGUUCAAAGGAAGGAGCGCCUCCUGUGCCUUUGGGCUUGGGAUAGACAGGUAGUAAAUAACCGGGAUUUAAACACAGACUUGGAACUCGGUAAUUUCCACACUCAUAAAAUUUGCAUAUAUGGAUUUCCU